AUGGCCUCUAAGUUUCUCUUGUUGGCAUUGCUCGCCAUAGCUUCUUCCAUUGCUUUGGCAUCUGACCCGAGUUCUCUUCAGGAUUUCUGCGUGGCUGAUGCAAAGAACUCAGUACUUGUGAAUGGUCUUGUCUGCAAGGAUCCUAAGCUUGUUGAAGCCAAUGACUUCUUCUUCAGUGGGCUUCAUCUAGCAGGCAACACAUCAAAUGCAGUUGGUUCGCGUGUGACCCUUAUCAACGUAGCCCAAAUUGCAGGACUUAACGCUCUUGGUAUCUCUGUUGCCCGUAUCGACUAUGCACCAUGGGGUAUUAACCCUCCACACACACAUCCUCGAGCAAGUGAAAUCUUUACAGUCCUGGAAGGGAGCCUCAAAGUGGGUUUUGUCACUUCCAACCCCGAAAACCGUCUCAUCACCAAGGUACUUGAGAAGGGUGAUGUGUUUGUGUUCCCUGUCGGUCUCGUGCAUUUCCAACAAAAUGUGGGAUAUGGUAAUGCAAUUGCCAUUUCAGCUCUCAGCAGCCAAAAUCCAGGUGUCAUUACCAUUGCAAAUGCAGUAUUUGGAUCAAAGCCCGACAUCUCUGCUGAUAUUCUUGCAAAGGCUUUCCAAGUGGAGAAGAACACUGUCUACAAUUUCCAGUCGAAGUUUUAA